AUGUUGAAAGCGCUGGAGCGACGACGAUCACAGGCCACGCCCGACGCCGAAGCGCCGUCAAGCAUAAGACAUGGGCCCUUCGUGCAUCCGGUUCCCCAUAAUGUAGAUUUGGAUGACCUGACGAGUGAGGAUCUGAUCGAGCUUGCCCAAGUAAGCAUACCGUGCCUGCUCUGUCCGGCUCUUGGUUUGGCGGCGGCCUCGAACCGCUUCGGUCCUUUUGAUGACUGAACCUCGCCCGUUCUCGUUCUGUAUCCGCCCGCACCGGAUGCUUCAUCGCUUAGGUUGACCUUAUCGAUCGCCGUCGUGGGGACGCUAUCAUCAAGCUGUCGCGAGCCGUCGCGCUCGGAUCCUCUGCGGGAUGCGAACUGCUAGCCAAGUGAGUCGUCUGCGCUCGCGGGAAGCUAAGGGCUUCCGUUCAUGGGCUAGCACUCUCUAGCACUCUGCACUCGCUGGUCGAGAUGCAGCACUGAUGUAUCUACCUUACCUUACAGUCUUCUGUCAAAACGUCUGCAAGGCUCAACUCCGACGGUGUGUCCGCCUCCUCCGCCAUCAUCAACUUCGUCCGCGAGUUACUUCCCGAUCGCCUCCCCGGCAGCCCUCGAAUCAACACUGCGUAUCGAGAAGACCCCCUUUACAGAUGCUUUGGCCCCUGCACACCUUUAUAUCAGGGGCUUGGAGCUCGAACUGAACUGCGAUGUUCACCGAUGCCCGGUGGAUCCGUUCCGCUCGGUGGCCGCAAACCCUUCCUCGACAAGCUCAUCAAGUUCAAGCGGCAGUCCUCCGAUCACGAGACGAGUAGACCUCGACAAGGUACUUGACCUCGUCAUUGGAGUGAGUCACCCUCUUGAUCCCGACUUGGCUUCACAUUGCCACCCCGCAAAACGGAACUGAUAGUGCCCCAUCUUCGAUUUAUUGUCCCAGCUCGUUGACGAAUAUCGGUACGGGCGAAUGCGACACGAUCACGACGAUCCAAAUUACCCCAACCUCUGGGCGCGGGGAUGUCGAGUCGCAGAGUUUGCUACACUCCACCCCGACGUCAUCACACCUCGGAUCAAGGUGCUGGUCGCGCCAUUCCCGCGCUCGGAACAGCCGUGGCCGACUGUGUUGCCGCUAGCGUUGGCGUCGGCACACGAUCGGGCCUCGGCGGAUGCGGAGGCUCUUUCUCGUAUCGACCUGAGCACACCACGAUCAACAAGUGCACGCAAGGUCGUUGUUACGCUCCAGUGCUAUCUGCUCUACUUACUUGCUCUUCAAACCUGGCAUCGAGACCAAGGGGCUGCCGAGCGAUAUUGGGAGGAGAUCGUUGAUAUCGCACAAGACUGCGGCGGUCACGUCGGAACGAGGGCAGGCAAUGAGAUUGUGGCCAAAGCUAUGAAACGUCUCGCGCGGGACUCGGGCUUUGAAUUUUGGAAACGAGAAAUCGAUUGCGCUCUCGGGGGACUCCCCUCACCGACACCAUCGUCGUCAUCAAACAUCGACUGCACGUCGACGCCUGCCUUCCAACCUUCAGCGAAUACUGUGCUGCGUGGACGGAGCGAGAGAACAUUCACCUCCAAAUUGGCUCGCGCAGAACCCUCGCAAUCCGCUUCCUUCUUUCAGCUUGCGCAUACGUAUGGCUACCCUUCCCCGCCCGAAUCGGAACAGGGCUCGCCGCCGAUCGUGGUUGUAUCUCUACGUAUAUCCGACAGUCUUGAGGAGAAGUCAUACGCACCUGAUAUCGGUUCAGGCAGUCCGAACGCAACCGUUGACUGCGCGCCAACUCGCAGCCUUCGUCGAAUCGCAUCGAACGCAUCCAUCGUGUUCGCGCCGCCUCGCCUCAUCCGUCGGGUGGCGUCGAGCUCCUCGCUCUCCACGUGUGCUCACGCUGCCGCACUACCGCAUCGAGUCUCGGGGUCCACUUGGACAGCGACAGGCGUGUUGCCUGCGAAUGGCAAUCACUCCUCCGUGGUCCCGACUGCGCCGCCACGACCUGCACCUGCUCGUGCGGCGACGUGGGCCGGCACGCUCCGGCGACGGGUGUCGGAGCUCUCCAUAUCGGCAAUGUUCCAAGAGGGCACAUUGCCUAGGCCAGUACCAUCCAAUUCCGCAGCAUCACUCUUGCGCCAGGUUCUGCAAAGAAAUGAUGACGCAGUCGCGUCGGCCGGCAUGUGGGAGGAUUCGGACCUGUUUGAGGACGACCACGAAUCCGAGGUCUACUCGGUUCCAACUUCGCCCCCCGCCUCUCCGGUCGUGCAAAAGCUCCGCGACAACAGUCGCGAGCGAUCACUCUUGAGUCGGCACCGAUCCUACGUGACACUGCCCAAAGUGAACGAAGCCUCCCGCCUCCGCUACGACUCACCGCCCCCACCGAUGAGGACGCCGACUUGCACCGUCACACCUCCGACCCCAACGAAGGAGCACUUGCUUCCCCCUCGCCCUCCCCAUCGAAUCCGCUCUUCUCGCUCGCUCCGCCGAGCCAGGAUCCAUGCCUUCGAGUCACUUCCUCCGUCGCCCGUCCGCGGCGGCGCAGACGACUUUGCAUCACCUAAGAUGGGACCAAUCGAUCCGUUCUUGCUCGAGUUGGAGCGCAACUCUCGUGUUGGCGUGGCCACAAUUUGCGAUGGGUGUGGUGCCAAUGGACUGAACUACCCAGCAUGCCCUCGGUGCGAUAAUAAGUAUUGUAGUCGAGCUUGCCGCGUCGGCAGUCAAGCUCGGCACACGUGUUGA